AUGACUCAUCAUCGUGUGCUGAAAAUACUUUUAUUCAUCACGCUACAAGCUUGGAGUAAGUUCGAGAAGCAUCGCGUGAUCAAGGAAAUCCCUUCGUUAGUUAAUGCAGAGGUGAAAAAUUAUGUUCUGCAAAAAAAUGAGAAUAUUUUCGGUGAUUUCAUAAAAUGGAACUUUACAAUGAUCCGAAUAGGAAAAGAAGAAAAAAAAGAGAAGGAAUCGGUGUCUUGA